AUGAAACGCAUAUCGUAUGCUUCAACAGUAGGUUCAAUUAGGUAUGCUAUGACAUGUACAAGGCCGGAUGUAGCUUAUGCUAUUAGUAUAACUAGUAGUUAUCAAGCUAAUCUUGGCGAAAAGCAUUGGGCGGCUGUUAAAAACAUACUUACAGACUUAAGAAGAACUAAAGAUAUGUUUAUGGUCUAUGGAGGAGUUGAAGAAGAGCUUACGGUAAGAUGUUACACUGGAAGAUGUUACACUGGGGCUGGUUUCAACACUGAUCGAGGUAACUUACGAUCACAGUCGCGAUAUGUGUUCACACUUAAUCGAAGAGCCAUUUCCUGGAAGAGUUCAAAGCAAGAAGUGGUUGCACUUUCUACAACUGAAUCAGAGUACAUAGUUGCAUGUGAAGCGGCUCAAGAAGUUGAUUCAGUGAGGAAAUUCAUCAGUGAUCUGGGUGUUGUUCCAAGCAUCAAAAGUUCCAUUAAGAUACUUUGUGACAACAUUGGUUCCACUGCUAUCGCAAGAGAGCCUAUGGUUACCAAAAAGACUAGACACAUUCAGUGA